GGAGAUUAUAUAUUUAUUGUUAUGUAAAUGAGAUUUUUUGCUUCAACAUUACGUGUUCUUGUGCGGAUCUAAGAAAAUUUUGGUAAUGUAAACGUCCAGAAGUAUACCCUACGAAUGUUAUAAUUUAUCAAACGAAAGGCAAAAUGUUUAUGUGGAAACUUGGUUUGGUUACAGUGGCGUUUGUUUUGGGCCUCGCGAGUGUUGAAUGCGAAAAUUCACGUUCGUAUGUCGACAAAUGCCCAAAGUUUCAGAUAAGAAGAUCGACGAUUAUUAAAACGCAACAGUCCGUACGUAAUGGAGCCGAGUUUUUGGGUAAGAAGAUCAUGUCUUCGGCCCGUGGCUGUCACGAAUUGUGUUGCAAGAAAGAUGGCUGUAAUUUGGUCAUGUUAAAAUACGACACGGAAAGUUUUGAAAAGAAAGUUAGCUGUUUCAUGUUCAACUGUCGAUCACCGUCCGUCUGUAACUUCUAUAAACACUCGUCCUACCAUAGCUACGCUGCUCUUGAAUUCGAAGACAGAAAAUCACAAUGGCAUUCGUCUGAACAUCAAAGCAAGGAUUCAGAAUUCAAAGAGCCCAAUACAUUCACAGAAAUAACCACAGAAGCCCCGGCACCAACUGCAACAAAAACAAGAAAACCAUACAAAAACCACAAUUGGGGAAAUACUUGGUUUAAGGCUUCCACCACCAGCAAACCGAAACACUUGUGGUUGGAUGAGCAAAAAAUCGACAGAUUAUCCACAACACAUCAAUCUGACAGGGAGGGUACUCAUGCCCCAAAUAGUAGUGUUCCUAAAAGUACAGAAGACUACAGCAAGUAUGGAUCCUAUGAUCACUCAAAAGACAUGGAUUCCAAUGAGAAAAAGACCAUGGAAAGUCGCAUUCAGACGACAGCAGCUGUGUCAGCAGAUGAGGACUUCCCUCGAAGAGUGUUUGUUGAUAACAAUCCAGAUUUUCCUGAUGAGCCUCAAAGGAAUCCCAAAACAAUAACAGCCUCUUCUGGAAAAAUGAUACCAGUAACCAGGCCGCGGACCACAAAAGGUUCCUUUUUGAGAACUACAAAAGGUACGGCGAGGUUACCUGCAACCAAGUCUCACGUCAGCAAUGUGGUCAUCAAGCGAUUGAAUAUACAGGAAAACAAAGCUGUUAUUCCAUUGGCUAUUGGUCUUGUGUUGGCAUUACUUUUGCUUUUGGGAAUUAUUUUCCGGUUGAAGACAUCAAGAAGACGGCGUACCAAAGCAUUCCUGACGGAUGAUGCAGAUUACCUAAUAAACGGAAUGUACUUGUAGAUGGAGAUCAAAUGCUAUGAUAUAUCCAUCACAUAUACAUUGUGAUACACAGGCUGAGCUCAUAGCUUGAAAGAAAUUUAAACAUCCUCGAGGCUUAGAAUUUGAGUAAUAAUGUAGCUUUCAUUGAAAAAUUGGCUUCUUUAACAAACAUGUUUGAAAGUUAAACCAAAAUAUCAGUUAACUCUUGAAGGACAAGCUCAAGCUUGUAUUUUUUUUUCUCUUUUGAAUGCUUUUUGGUGGAAUGCUUUUUUUUGCGAAUAUAACCCAGAAUUGUGAUUGUAUAAUUCCUUGUACAUAUAUGUCCAAUGUUUGUAAGGGUUGUUGUUUAUUUUUGAAUUUAAAUUUUGCUUAUUCUUUGUCAAGCAAUGCGUCAAAAAUAUUAAAAAAUGUAUAUGCAUGUAUAAAUUCUUUGAAAAACUAGAAAGUAUAUAUCAAGUGUGUUGGGGUUAUGUAUAGUAAUGUCUGUUAGUGUUUAAAGACCAGUUGUUCAAGCUUUGGUUAUUUUGUGUUGUGCCUUUCAAAACUUCCAAAAUAAGACUUCUGUUGAUCCAGAAUAUAUUUAUGGUGAAACAUAUUCAACCUUAUAAAUGAUUAAAAAAAUUGAUGUAAUAUUUUGAGUUAAGAUUGAGUUUGGUUAAGUUACUUUUGAACAACUGGCCCCUGUGGUUUACAUGUAUUUGUUCGCACUACCUUUUAAUGGCACAGUGUUGAACCAUUGUGGGCAAUUUAAAACUGUUCCAUUGCAAAUGCAUGCUCAUCAAAAUGUUGUGUGGUCUCAGAUUAGUUUAUUAAGAAUAAAUAUUUGUAUAAUGCAGUGUUCUGUAAUUUUGUAACAUGCUUAUUUUAAACUGUUACAUUGUAAAUUAACUAUUCUUAAUUAGAAUAAUUAAUUAGUUCAAUUAAAAUGUCAUUAAAUUUG